AUGAUUUGGAUUGCUCCGGCCGCGGCGACGCCCCCGGCGUACCGGGGACACACGCGCGGGCACGCUGGCAAACAGCGGAACUCGCACGGCGGCUCCCCCCUGGAAUCUGAACGGAAGCGCUGGCCAGCGGCCAAUCAUCCACAGACCCCAGCGGUGCCGGGGGCCCGAGGGCCCCCGGGCUUCGGGUGCCUUGGGCGAGGCCUCGCCCUCUCGGGGGGGUCGACCAUCGCCCGCAGCGGGCGGUUGCCACCGCGCCCGGCGGUGGUCAGAUUUCCUGGUCCCCGGUACGCCGGGGGCGUCGCCGCGGCCGGAGCAAUCCAAAUCAUCCGAGAGGACCUACAGUACAUGCCGCCCCCCCCCCGGGGGCUUUCGGGCGCGCCCGGCUAG